AUGCAGCCAGAAAAUAUCCCUGCUGGUGCCUUGACACAUAUCAAUCUGGGAUUUGUCCAGUUUAGGGAUGAUUGGAAAAUGGUUGAUGAAUAUGGCGACAUCGUUACCCGUGUCAGCCGCCUCAAGACAUCGUAUCCCGGCUUAAGGGUCAACGUUGCCAUUGGAGGCUGGAAUUUCAAUGAUCCACCUUUGACGUACUGUUUCUCGACCAUGAAGUAUGAUCUAGAUGACAUCGAACUUGACUGGGAGUAUCACUCUACGGAAGAUCGUGGAGGCUCCCUAGAUGACACCGAUACCUUCGUGGUUUUGCUCUCUGAACUGAGAGGGGCCUUUGAUGCUACAAAUUCGGGCUGGGAAAUUACCUGCACACUGCCAGCCAGCUACUGGUACAUCCAAAACUUUGACCUCAAAUCGAUGGAGGAGUACAUAUCACUCUUCAACUUCAUGAGCUACGAUCUUCACGGCAUGUGGGAUCGGGACAACAAGAACAUCGGGCCUUACCUUCGCGGUCAUAUCAAUCUCACAGAGAUUGAUGAGGGAUUCAAUUUGCUUUGGCGCAACAUCAUCGACCCGAAAAAGGGGGUCAUGGGCAUGGACUUCUACGGUUGGAGCUUCACUACGUCCAACAAGGACUGUCGGACGACCGAGUGCACAUUUUCCACAGUGGGAGAUGCGGGACCUUGCUCACAGACCGCUGGCAUUCCCUCUGGCGAUGUGCAGACGUACUACGAUCCGGUUUCCACUGUCAAGUACGAUGUUUACAAUGGCAACCAGUGGAUUUCUUACGAUGAUGCACAGUCUUGA